AUGCCAUGUCCAACAAGCUGCCAAAAAAAAGCUAUAAAGACUUAUGAAGCAAAAGUCCAUAAGCAUAGUGCUAAUAAUUCAGAAGCAGAAAACUUUGAUGAUAUUGGUAAUCUUUUUGUUUGUGAUGAAACAAUUGAAAAUAAUAAUGCUGCAAAAAAAUUACAAGCUAGUAGAAAAGAAUUGUAUGAUGAACAGUUAAAAAAUAAAGAUCAGUUGAAGAAAGUCAAUAAAAAACAAUCAAAGAAUGAAGAUCAGUUAAAGAAAGUCAAUAAGAAUGAGAAAGAUAUUGGGAGAUUGUUAGAAGAUAAGAUUGAAGCUUGUAAUUUACUUAAAAAAAUUCUAGCUGCUCUUGAAAAUUUAGCAUUAAAUAUCAAAAAAGAAAACAUAAAUAAUGUUCUUCUUCAAAUAAAAUCAUAUAUUCAAGAAAAUAAGUGGAAUAUUACACUAUAUAUGAUUAUGUUGCAAAUGAUUGAUGUUAUUUUACUAGGGCUCAGAUUUGCACCACCUCUAAUCAUUUCUCUCAAUACUGCUAAAAAUUAUUUAAAAGAGCUUGAAUAUGUCUAUGAAAGAGUAAAAAAAGGUGUUUAUAUAGAUGGACAUGAGAGAGAAGAUGUAGUAGCUUAUCAAGAGAUAUUUUUGCAGCAAAUAAAUAAACUUGAAUAUAGAAUGCCUAUAUUUUUAGAAGAUAACAUAGAAGUGGAAACUUGGCCAGACAGCAAUAUACAAUCUCUUAUUCUUGUUACACAUGAUAAAUGCAUCUUUUCUGUUAAUAAUAAAAGUCAAAGUCUUUGGAUUCCUGAUGGAUACCAAGCCUUGUUCACAUUUGACAAUACAACAGGCUAUGCUAUUUUUUCACCUGAUGCACUUAUUGCCAACUAUAUGAAUCUUGGUCCUACUAAAAAACAAGAAAAACUAUGUAAAGCUAAAGAAUUAAGAAAAGUUCUAAGAGAAAAAGAAUUGUGGCCAGAAAAAGGAUUAAAAUUAAAAGAAACACAAAAAUUAAUGAAUGCAUAUCAAAAAGAUUUAAAGAGUAAAGCAGCUGAAUUUGCUGUUAAAAAAUAUCAUUCACAUCAUCGAAUUCCUGAUUCAGUUUUAAAUUCAAUUGGAUCUGAUUAG